AUGGGUGGAGGUGGUGGUCAGGCUAUUGAAACAUUGGCCGAUGCCAUUGCAAUUGAAAUCCUCAAUGAAAAUGCCAUUGUUACCGGAAAAGGAGAUGAACUGCAUUUAUUUACAAAAACCGGUGAAGAAAUUGAACAGUGGCAGGAACAAGUUUUGGAUAUAAAAUUGACCAAUAAAGUCCAUGGCAUCCACAAAAACAGUGAUGGUUCCCUUCUGGUCUAUGGUGAAAAGGAAUUUGUGUUAUUGUCGAUUAGUUCGAAUGGCGGAGGGUUGGAAUUCCAAGAAUUUUUUCGAGCUACGCUAAGUGAUUGGAUAAGUUGUGGCUGUUUCCUCGCCGAAUCCAAUGAAGUUAUUUUACUUACGGCUCAUAGUAUUAUUUUGCGUUUAGAUUAUGAUGUUUCGAAACGUUCAUGUGUCCUUGCCGAACGUAUAUCCUGCAGUGAUAAAUCCACAUUAUAUUGUGCCCAUUUGUAUGGUGAUACAUGGCAAGAUUUAGUAGUGUUUUCGGGUAAUGCAUUUGGUGAACUGUUAAUAUGGCAGCCGUCAAGAAAUGAAGAAAAUCCUGGAGGAGCUUCGAAACCAAAGUGUUCAGCGUUAUUGCAUCGCAUUUCAGCCCAUAAUGGUGUCAUCUUUUCCAUUGAUUAUGAUCGUGACACACAACAAUUGAUAACCACUAGCGAUGAUCGUGCGGUUAAAUGGUGGAAGGUGAAGAUGGCGGAUGAGAAUGGUGGAGGUUGGUUGGAUUCCAAAUUGCAGCCGGUGGCAAGUGGUUACGGGCAUGUGGCCAGAGUUUUUCGCGGCAGAAUUAUUAAGGAUGGUUCCAAUGUCUAUGCCCUGAGUGUGGGUGAAGACUCCUAUUUCUGUUUAUGGCGAAAUAAUGGUGAAUUGUUAUUCAAACGCCGUCAGCAAUUUGGUGCAACCAUUUGGAAUUUCAUAUACAGUCCUUCCAACAAAACCAUUUACACCUUGGGAUCCAUUGGCAAUAUGGUGGCCUAUGAUUUAUCAUAUGAAUUGCAGAGGCUACAAAACUCCUCAGAAGAUAUGCAUUUACUGGCCGAAGUAUCCAAGGAUAAACCUUCCGAAUAUAUUGCCAAGGUGAAGUUCCUAAGGGACCACCACAUCUUGUUAGGUAUAACAAAUGAAAAUCGUAUAAUGGAAUUGUUAUAUGAAAAGGACGCGAAGGCAGGAGUUCAAGGAUCAUGGAAGGAGUUAGAUGUGGGUCUUAAUUUUAAAUGUACCGUAAUGGAGGUAUAUGGAAAUCGAGUGGCCAUUUGUGGUUUUAAACGUGUACUGCUAUUGGAAUGUAAGGAAGAACUAAAGAAUGAGGAUGAGCGGCAUUGGAAAUUUGAGGUUAUGCAGGACCAAAGCCUUUUACAAGGUGUUAUUCGAGCAUUUGUGUUCUUUGAUAGCCGAAACUAUUUAAUAUGUGAUGAUAAGGGUAAUUGUGAGCUACAAUUGGAGGAUAGCAAACGUACUUUACUCCUGGCCAAAUGUAAGGAACCAUGGCUAACCACGGCUCUACUGCUUUCAAGAGGGGAUUAUUUGCUUAUCAGCAAUCGUUUGGGUAACCUAUUGCUUUACAAAUUAAAGGUAAAUGGCGAGAGCUAUGACCUCUGUGACACCCUGAAACAUCCUCAUGGUAAUUUGGGAGCAACUCAACUACAAUUGUUAAAUGAAGGCGGAGAUUCUGCUCUGAUACGUUCUUGUGGUCAUGAUGGGGCCAUUAAAUUAUAUAAUAUCAACUAUAAGGAAUCGAACAUCACCAGUUGUUCUCGGGAAGUGGUGCAAGUCUCCUGGAUAGAAGCAAUCAUUGGCAAUUGGUAUGAUGGAUGUGAUUUGUUUUUGGGUUUCAAUGAUAAUCAUUUCACCGUUUGGACCCGGGAAUAUGAUUUCCUAUUGCAAUUGGCCUGUGGUGGUGGUCAUCGUUGCUGGCAUUUCUCGAUCCACCCAGAAACUCAAAUCAUUUCUUUGGUUUUCAUAAAAAAUAAGAGAGUUAGAUUCUAUCAAUUACCACUACUGAACAAAGGCCUCACAUCUCUGCCUCCAGCCAAAAAAUGGCAUAUUGCGCCAUGUAAUAUUAUGGAAAUAUUGAAAGUGAAUCAAACAUCCAUUGCUGUCACAGCUGGGGAUGAUAAUCUCAUUAAAAUACACAAGAUUACCCCAAAAGGUUUGCAACAAUGCCAAGAGUUACACUGCCAUAUUUCCAAUAUUCGUGCCCUGAAACUACACGCCAUCAAUGAAGAAGAAUUUCUUAUAUUCUCCGGUGGAGGUCGUGCUCAAUUGUGUAUCAAUAGAAUUGAUAUUAAGAAUAAUUAUCACAUACAAGAACUACUGAACUAUACUGUGAAACCAGCAGAUCAGCCAUCGAACAGUACCUCCUCCUCCACUAAUAAUAAAUCGCAAUAUAAUUUUGAUCCUGAAACUCGAUUAAUGUCAUUGGAUAUUAAACAGGUGAACCAUGGAGAAUAUCAAAUCUUUAUUGGCUGUUCAGAUGGUCACAUAAGAAGCCUAGAUGUCCAUUUAAAUCCCCUUCAAAUUAACACAACCUCACAAUAUUUCUAUCAGAAAUGUCUGCUACAAAUUAAAUAUCUAAAAGAAUAUGAUUAUCUAUUGGCUGCCGCCACAGAUGGUUAUCUACGUUUCUUUGACUCCGAGCUGACAAAAUGCCUUCACCAAAUAAAUCAUCAUUCGAGUGGUGUUAAUGGCCUAGCCCUACGUUUCGAGCCACUACAUAAAUCGCUACAAAUCCUAUCAGGAGGUGAUGAUCAGGCGAUAACUUUUAGUUCAUUAAAAUUAGCGGAAGAUUUUAAAUCGACGAAUAAAUUUACCAAUCCUUCAUUGCACACGGCACAGGUGUGUGCAGCUGCAAUAUCUGCAGAUGGUCAUUAUGGUUAUACCAGUGGUGUGGAUCAAAUGCUCUAUAAAAUUGAUUUGAAGACGGGUGAAAUUGUCGAUCAAUUUCAUUCCUGUGUUGCCGACAUUAAAGGUGUCUGUCUGCUGGAUAAUGAUUUGUGUAUUUUAUAUGGCUGUGGCAUGCAAUUAAUUAAGCUUAGCAAUUGA